AUGCCCACCAUCUCCCCUGAAUCAAGUUUAGAAGACUUUGAGUAUGAUGAGCUUGCAGAAGCCUGUGAUAUGGGGGACAUCGUGGCCUUGGGAACUGUCUUCCUGGCCAUACUCUACUCCCUUGUCUUUGCCUUUGGCCUGGUGGGAAAUUUGUUGGUGGUGUUUGCCCUCACCAACAGCCAGAAGACCAAGAGCAUCACUGACGUUUACCUCCUGAACCUGGCCUUUUCUGAUCUGCUCUUUGUAGCCACCUUGCCCUUCUGGACUCACUAUCUUAUAAACGAGCAAGGCCUUCAUAAUGCCGUGUGCAAACUCACCACCGCCUUCUUCUUCAUUGGGUUUUUUGGAGGCAUAUUCUUCAUCACCAUCAUCAGCAUCGACAGGUACCUGGCCAUUGUCCUGGCCGCCAACUCCAUGAACAACCGGACCGUGCAGCAUGGCAUCACCAUCAGCCUUGGCGUCUGGGCAGCCGCCAUCUUGGUGGCCGCACCCCAGUUCAUGUUCACCAAACAGAAAGAAAACGAAUGCCUUGGUGACUACCCCGAGGUCCUACAGGAAAUCUGGCCUGUGCUCCGCAACGUAGAAAUAAAUUUUCUUGGCUUCCUGCUCCCCCUGCUUAUUAUGAGUUACUGUUACUUCAGAAUCAUGCGGACACUUUUUUCCUGCAAAAACCAAAAGAAAGCUAAAGCCAUUAGGCUGAUCUUUCUUGUGGUCAUCAUGUUUUUCCUCUUCUGGACACCCUACAACGUCAUGAUUUUCUUAGAGACACUCAAUCUCUAUGACUUCUUUCCCAACUGUGACAUGAAGAGGGAUCUGAGGUUGGCCCUCAGUGUGACCGAGACAGUUGCAUUUACCCACUGUUGCCUUAAUCCCCUUAUCUAUGCAUUUGCUGGAGAGAAGUUCAGAAGAUACCUUUACCACCUGUACAGGAAAUGCCUGGCUGUCCUGUGUGGCCAUCCCGCCCACGUCAGUUUCUCCCUGUCCCCGUCUGAAUCACAAAGGAGCAGGCGAGAAAGUGUUCUGAGCAGCAAUUUCACUCAUUACACCAGUGAUGGAAAUACAUCCAUCCUCCUCUGA